AUUCCAGAUUCCAAGGCAGGCCAUUUCUCUCUCUCUCUCUCUCUCUUCAUGGUUGGGUGAAUUUGUUUAAAUGCACAAGGAGAGAGUCUAAGAUCAACUGCUUAGGAUUUUUUUUUUUUUUUUUUAAAUUAAGGCUUUGAAGCUAAACUAAACAGUUCCUGUUCAGCAACUGCAAACAGGAGAGGAAAAGAAGAGAUGGGUGUUGCUAAUCAUGAAGCGAUCAAGCAGUUUCAAUCUUUAAUGGACCAAAUAGAUGAGCCACUCAAGAACACAUUUCAGAAUGUGCACCAGGGUUAUCCAAAUGAAACAUUAGUUCGAUUUCUCAAAGCAAGAGAGUGGAAUGUUGCCAAGGCCCAUAAAAUGUUGGUUGAUUGUUUACAAUGGAGAAUACAAAAUGAGAUUGAUAACAUAUUGGCGAAACCAAUCAUUCCAGCUGAGUUAUAUAGAGCAAUUCGAGAUUCGCAGCUUGUAGGAUUAUCAGGUUACACUCGAGAGGGUCUUCCUGUCAUUGCCAUUGGUGUUGGGCUCAGCACAUUUGAUAAAGCAUCCGUGCAUUACUAUGUGCAGUCGCACAUCCAAAUGAAUGAAUACAGAGAUCGUGUAAUAUUGCCUGCUGCAACCAAGAAGUAUGGAAGGCAUAUUAGCACUUGUGUCAAAGUUUUAGAUAUGACUGGCAUAAAGCUUUCAGCAUUGAAUCAACUAAAGCUAUUGACUGUUAUAUCUACAGUUGAUGACUUAAACUAUCCUGAAAAAACAGAGGCAUACUAUAUUGUCAAUGUCCCAUAUAUAUUUUCAGCAUGUUGGAAGGUUGUAAAGCCUCUUUUACAAGAAAGAACAAGGAGGAAAAUUCAGGUGUUGCAAGGUUGUGGAAGAGAUGAAUUGUUAAAGAUUACGGAUUAUUCAUCCCUUCCACAUUUUUGUAGAAAAGAAGGAUCUGGCUCAUCUCACCAUACAGGAAAUGGAACAGCUGACAAUUGUUUCUCCUUUGAUCAUGACUUUCAUCAACAGGUAUACAAUUAUAUCCAACAGCAAGCUGCUCUUUUAGAAUCCAUUUCACCAAUCAAGCAGGGGUCAGUCCAUGUUGAUAUCCCAGAGCCAGACCCAGAAGAUGCCAAAAUUGCUAAGAGAAUUGAAUCCGAGUUACAAAAACUUGGGGGUCUGAGUGGACUCUCUAGCUCAUUAAAUGGCCUUAAAGUUAACGGUCAUUGAAAAUCAGAUAAUAACAAUUUCAAAUCCCUGCUGAAAUCACACCGGAACCAAACUCUUGGUGACUGAUUCAUUCAGGACAGCUUUGGAGGCAAGUCUUUGUACUUGAGUUACCGAUUACAUUAGUGCUCACUUGCAUCAGCUCGAUGCAGGUUUGGCAAGAUAAAGCUAAUAUUUUUGUAGAUUGAUAAUCACUCUGGAGUGGAUAAUUAUGACUCUGGCAUUUUUAAAACCUUUUCUACUCUGAUGCUAGAGUAAAUGCUAUUCCAUUUUCUGUUAUCUCUGAAA